UAGACAUUACAUGGACUAAGCGACUUUCUCUGGGGAGAAAGUCUAAGAAGAAUCAUGAGGAGCACAUGUAUUGUCACUGUGCUCCUACUGAAAAUGCUGCAGUGCCUGGCAUUAGAUGAUUCACCAUUUCAACUUACCAACGCAGCUGGUUUCUGCUUGGUUAAAACGGACUCCGUUUGCCAGGAAAUACGCUGGACAACUGCUGACCGAUUGCUGGUGCCUGGGAAAAAUAAAUGUCUGGGAGUCCAGGGAACAACUCCGAUGAGUGAAGUAAGCCUCUAUGAUUGUGAUGAAAACAAUGAGCUCCAGAAGUGGAACUGCACGAAGGACUACUUGCUCACCCUCCAAGCGAGCACCGGACAGAAGCUUUUUGUUGAGCUCCACGCAGAUAACAGAGCUGUACUAGUGACAACAGCAGGACCCAUCAGCAAACUCGUGAUAUCAGGGACAUCCAGUGGAGCUUGCACAAGAACAUACAGAGAAUUUUAUACCAUAGGAGGCAAUGCAGCAGGAAGGCCCUGCAUGUUCCCUUUCUUUUAUGAAAACCAGUGGUACUCAAGUUGCACGUUGGCCGACUCCCGAAACCAACACUGGUGUUCUGUUGAAACUAAGUACGAACAUCAGACAUGGGGCUAUUGCCCAACAAACAAUAAGGACAGUUGGAUCAAACAUCCAACAAGUGGAGCACUUUAUCAACUGAACACCGAGUCUGCAUUGACGUGGUCAGAGGCUGAAACAAGCUGCAAGCAACAGAGCGCCUCCUUGCUCACCAUCACUGACCCCCAGGAGAAGGCUUACAUCACAGCGUUGCUCGAGCCAGGAGGUACCCACCAAGGAUACAAACUUUGGACCGGGCUGACUCUGGAUUCAGAACAUGGCUGGCAAUGGUCUAAUGGGGACCCUUUUCGUUACCUUAAUUGGGAUUCAGGACACCCAGUUAACAAUCCAGCACAUACCUGUGGAGUGGUGGAUGGAAACGUAAGGUACGCAUGGCAAAGUUCAACAUGCAACAAGAAAUUCGGCUACAUCUGCUACAGUAAAGGAGUUCUGGCUGCUCCAACGGCGGGUCCUGACAUGGGACAUUGUUCAGCACCUUGGGUUCCAUACAAUGGCCACUGCUUCCGACUUUAUCGAAACGCGCAAAGCUGGUCUGKUGCUCAGCAGACUUGUCGUAAAGAAGGAGGGGACCUUGCAAGCAUUCGCAAUACAGAGGACCACAGUUUUAUCUCGACCGAGCUUGGUUAUGCUUCCACUGAUGAGCUUUGGAUUGGACUUAAUGACAAGAAAACAGAAGGCCUGUUUGACUGGACUGACCACACCACAGUUACCUUCACAAGCUGGCAGUUUGGAAAACCACAAGGUGGAAAUAACCAAAACGAUUGUGUUCUCGUCAGAGGAGAGAAUGGAAACUGGGCUGAUGAUGACUGUACGAAGAGCCACGGCUUUAUUUGUAUGAAAGCCAGUGCUUCUGAGCCCACUGGAGAUGAAGUACAGCAGGAUGCAGGCUGCAAAACUGGUUGGAAAAGAUAUGGCUCCUACUGUUACUUCAUUGGAACGGAGAGAAAGACAUUUGGAGAUGCAAAAGAGGACUGCAAGAGAUCAAAUUCUUACUUGGCAGAUGUUUCAAACAGGGUGGAUAAUGCCUUCCUAGUCAGCUUGGUGGGCCUCAGAUCAGAGAAGCAUUUCUGGUUAGGGCUUUCAAACCAGAAGAACCGAGACGUUUUUGAGUGGACCAGCACGGCCCCUGUGAGAUAUACUCACUGGAACAGGGAAAUGCCAGGCCACAACCAGGGUUGUGUCGCAAUGACCACUGGCAGCACUGCGGGCCUCUGGGAUGUGUUGCCGUGUACAAGUAGAGAGAAGUACAUCUGCAAAUAUCAAGCAGAGGGGACAGCUCAGACGCCUGCACCAACAACUGCUCCGUCUGCCCUUUGUGCAAAGGGAUGGACCAGAGUCCAGUCGAGAUAUGUCUGCCACAAGGUAUUUUCAGAGUCUAAGUCAUGGUUUGAGGCCAGGGACUACUGCAGAGGAAUCGGAGGAGACCUUAUGAGCGUCCACAGCGCUGCUGAGAUUAAUUUCAAUAUGGAAACACCUAGAUACUACUACAGCAGGUCUUCAGCACUCUGGAUUGGACUUAGUGCCAAUGACCAGGGCACUGGUUAUGAGUGGAGUGACGGAUCCCCAGUAAACUUUCAGCACUGGCAAGAUGGAGAGCCAAACAACAAAAACAAUGUUGAAUCUUGUGUUGAAUUCACUUCACGCAAUUUUGAUGACUCAGGAUCUUGGAAUGAUAAUCAGUGUGAAGCACGUAAUGGCUUUGUUUGUCAGAUCCGCACAGGAUUGACUCCACAGUCACCGCCACCCACUCCAACUCCAGAUUACAACCGUACCGAUGAUGGUUGGCUGGAAUGGGGGGGAAAUAAAUACUAUUUUGAAAACCGGCAAAUGGCCAAUGAAGAUGCUCGGAAAUCCUGCAGAGAGAAACAUGCUGACCUUGUAACCAUCAACAGUGAAGCAGAACGUAUUUUCCUGUGGAAGCAGAUAUCCAGACGUUCUAGUUCUUUCUGGAUUGGAUUAACUGUGGAUCUUGACAAGUCAUUCCAAUGGAUGGAUGGUUCUCCAGUAAUUUAUCAAAUGUGGGAUGAAGGACAACCUAAUUUUGCUAAUAAUGACGAAAACUGUGUUUCCAUGAGAUCGUUCCAUGGGUUCUGGCAUGAUUACAACUGUGGAUUUGAAUUCGGCUCUAUUUGUAAGCGCAGUAGCUCACCUCCUGUCAAUGCCACCGUGGCUCCUACUGCCCCACCUAAAGGUAACUGCAAAGACGGCUGGCAGAAGAUCAACUCCAAGUGUUACAAGAUCAUAAGUGACAAAACUUUAACAUGGCUUGAUGCAAGGCAACAAUGUAUUGACAUGGAAGGAAACUUGGCCUCUAUUCCCUCAAGACAUGAGCAAGUGUUUUUAGUGUCUGAAAUGAGUAAAACACCAAACAGAGACCUGUGGAUUGGUUUUCAGAGCUCGUAUGGCAAUGGGUUUUACUGGACUGAUGGACGGCCGAGGUCUUAUGUCAAUCUUGAGUCUGAACGACGAAUUUACCACUUUCCACACCUUUCACACCGUUACGGUCCUAUGUAUGACCAUGACGAUGACAUAUUUGUAAGUCUUCGAAAUGAGAAACGGUGUGCCGUGAUCAACGCUAAUCCUUCAUUUGGAAUUGGAAAAUGGAUACCUAAAUCCUGCAAUGACACCAAUGGAUUUAUAUGUUCAAUGCCCUUAAACGACAAGCUACCUAAUAAAACUCAAACAAAUCCAGAGAACUACUUCAAAAUCCUAAAUGAUUCCAUCAAGCUUGUUACCCAGCAAAAGAAUUGGUCUGAAGCUCAGAAGGCCUGUGAAGCUGACGGCGCCAAGCUGGUCAGCGUGCGGACUGAGUGGACACAGGCUUACAUUGAGCUGCUGGCGUUGAAUCUUAAUCGUUCUUUGUGGAUUGGACUCAAUAAAAAACAGACUAAUAACUACUUCCGAUACGUAGAGGGCUGGCCAUUAAUUUUUACUCGCUGGAGUGGUAAUGAACCACGUAGAGACGGAAUUUGUGUUUAUGUGGAUGUGGAUGGAAAAUGGAAAACCAACGAUUGCAAUCAGGAGUUCAGCAGUCUUUGCAUGAAGUCCACAGACAUACCACCAGAAGUUAAGGCAGAYGAUUAUCCUGGAGUUUGUCCAGAAGACCCACAUUUGUCUAUGUCUGGAUAUAGGCCUUCUCGGUUUUCAUUUGGCCAACGUCAGUGGCAGGCCUGGAAACCUUUUAGAGGUUUUUGCUACCUGUUUUCCUCUGAUGAGAAAGAGUGGCAAGAUGCCACUACUAGCUGUCUGGGACAUGGUGGAUCCCUUGCCAGCAUCGGAGAUCCCUUUGAACAGGAGUUCAUACUUAAUAGCAUUAAAUCAUUUCAAGACUCUCACACAUCUUAUUGGAUGGGCCUGUACAAAACUAAUAAAGGAGAAUGGAAGUGGUUGGAUAACAUGGUAAUGGAUUUUGAAAACUGGCAAAAUUAUCCAUCUGGCCCCUUYGGUAUGAUUAGUGCAUCAGAYGGGAAAUGGCAUACGGGGCAACGAUGGAUGGAUAGACCAUACAUCUGUAAAGCAGCCAAAGUGUUGCUGUCAAAGCCAUCAUCCGCACCAAGUGUUGUCUCGGGUCCUCAAGGUCGGGGUCAUGCAGCUUUAACUGCUGUGUUAGUCAUUGCGGGGAUCGCGGCGGGAGCAGGUGUUGCUUUCUUCCUGUUCAAGAAGUCUGGUCGUCAGAUGAUGACCAGACCAAUCCCUGGAGGGCUAACGGCCUUCGACAACCCACUUUUCAGCAGCAACCGGACACAGAAAAAUUUGGUGGACACUAAAAAACUAUUGGGGAACGCAGAUGAAGAUAACAGUCAACCUGUAAUAACUAUAUAAUUGUUAAAGUGCUUGGUGCAUGGAAGUAUUCUCUGUUUGGGCUGCAUAGGAUUUGUACAGUCAUAAAGUCAAUGUAAAUGCAAAGAAUGAUUUAUACAAGAAGGUGGCGUAACAACUGAAAUGUGGCAAGUUGCUUGGAUGUAUAUCGUAUUCUAACUACUGCAAAAGCUUAUUUGCCAGAUGAGAAAGAAGACAUGAACACUCRUUGACUCAACGCAGUCAUUCAYGUAGAAGUGAUACAACACCUCUCCAAAAGGUUAUUGUUAGAAAAAUUUGUUUSCUAAAAAGAACAACCAAGACAGAAUUCACAAAAGUUAGAGAGUCUCUAUAKAUCUUUAAUUAAACUUCCCAGCAUGGAGAAAAUGCAAAGAGUUACACAGUUGGUAGGUCAGAGCAUUCUCUGACUAACAAAGGAAAUCAUCUUGCUACACUUCCUACGUGAUUUGCGCAGAUGUAAGGUUGUGUUUUGCAACCCUGCAAAAACACCUAGCACCAUUGGUUUCCUAUCUUUGCUGACUGUCCUCAUCUCCAGCAGGAAAUGAACUUAUGAACUUGGCUUCCUUACGUCURUAAURCUGCAAUGUAUAAGUUUCACUUCAGCCGUCAAUAUGUAAUGUUAUUCUGAAACCAGGAUAUGUCUAGAAGCGUAAGGUCAAAAGGCAACAAAUGAGUAAAUGAUAAAUCAAAUUAAUCUGAUCAAUAAAUGAUAAUUAACUAGUAUUUUUUCCAACAGUUAUUUUAAAAAAUCAUUGCAAGAGAUUAUACGUUUUGAAAUAAUAAUGUUAUAUGUUGUGAUAUUUACAGUUGAUAAAAAAAAUGACUUAUGGGAAAUUAUACACUUAACAAUAAUUAAUGUAAAAGUCUUGUGCUGGCAUUAAAGUCAUCAGUGAAUGUUCCCACUGAUAUUGUUAAAGAGGAAUGAUCUAUAUCUGACAUGAUAAUCAGUGAAAUUAGGGUUAGCAGAAAMAAAAUCCAUCAAUACUUGAAAAAACAAAACAAAAAAAAAUUACAAAACUUCCUGUUAACUAGUUGUUUUGGUAAAAAAAAUAAAAUAAAAUGGAAUCUGCUAAUAAAGCUAUUCAUUUUUCGGUAUUAUUUUAAUUGUUUUAUUUUCAUUUCUGGUGUUGACCAUAUUGUAUAAUAAGUGGGAUUUAUAUAGAAGGAAUGUGACCUUAAAUCUGUUUGAAUGAUAACUUUAAUUUUUUUUGUUUGACUAUAAUUUUAUUGAUGAAUUAGAUCUGUUUUGUAAAUAGCCUUGACAUGACAUUUGUUUGAAAUGGGAAUUAUAUGAAUAAAACAAAAUGAAUGAAAC